AUGAAAUUCUCUACCAUUUUAUCCAUUGCCGCUUUAUUUGCAGCCACAAGUGCAGCAACAGUUGAUCCAAUAGCACCUGGAGAACCUACACCAGGAACACCAGAUGUACCUGGAAGUAUUACACUCGAUGACCCGGUUCCUUCAGGAACUAUUAGUCUUGAUGAUCCAACUAGUGAAGUUCCUUCUGGAACCAUUACUCUUGAUGACCCAACUAGCGAAGUUCCUUCUGGAACUAUUUCCCUCGAUGAUCCGACAAGUGAAGUUCCUUCUAUCAGCAUUAAUGACCCAACCAUCUCAACCGUUGUACCACCCACCUUUAAUGCUACACUUCCAACGCUUUCCGUGUCCACUGUUCCUACAAUAAAACCACCAACUCCAACAUUUUAUCCUAACACUACUACAACUGUUACUGGAUCUAUUACAGUCACUGAUUUUGUAACUUUCUGUCCAUAUCCAACCACAGUUACUGUUACCACAUGCCGUAGUAAUGUAUGUCUUCCACAUACCGUGACGGUUCCAGAAGCCACUACCUUGACUGUGACUGGUUCAUGUCUCGUGCCUACCACUUACACAACCGAAACAUGCCCUGAAUGUACUAAAACUAAAGAACCAACUACUACCCCAGGACCAUCUUCAGUUCCUUCAGUUCCUUCAAUCUCCGAAGGGUCUGCACCAAGGAAUAUAGCAGGAGCACUAGCAGGCAUAGUUGCAGUUGCAGCAAUCUUAAUCUAA